AUGGCGGUCCCGGCGCCCCAACCCUCCUGCUGCUCUGCGGGAGGCGGGCCGCCGGCGCCGGGAGCCGCGCGCGGAGGGGCGGCCGCGGCGCGAGGGGCGCGCGCGGAGCGCGCCGCCGCGGAGGCCGGGGCGCCGCGAGGCGGGGCGGCGCCGACGCGCGGCGCGGAGCGGCCGGCGCGGAGGCGCGCGCGAGCGGCGCGGCGCGGAGGCGGCGCGCGAGGGCGGCGCGGCGCGGGCGGCGGGGCGGGCGCGGAAGGCGGCGCGGCCGGGGAGCGCGCGGCGGCGGCGCGGAGGCGGGCGGGGUUCCUCAAGCCGGCUUUUUUCCCGGCCCGCAGGGCUUUCCCCACUCCUGAGGUAUUUCGGCACCGCCGUGUCCGGCCCGGCCGCGGCGAGCCCCGGUACCUCUCCGUCGGCUACGUGGACGGCACGCAGUUCGUGCGGUCGGACAGCGACCCGCGUCCGAGGGCGGAGCCGCGGGGGCCGGAGCCGCGGCUCGCCAAGGACCGGGCGCACUUGGCCGCGCGGACCUGCGCUCCGCUGCUACGGCCGGAGCGACGCCGGCGGGGCGGGUCUCGCACCUUGCGGCGGGUGUCUGGCUGCCACGUGGGUCGCCUCCUCCGAGAGUACGUGCAGUUCGCCUGCCGCGGCGCACUAGUCGCCCUGGACGAGGCGGACACGGCGGCUCAGACCUGCAAGCGCAAGUGGGAGGCGGCCGGUGAGGGUGCGGCGGAGCACCGCAGGGCCUACCUGGAGGAGGAGUGCGCGGACUGGCUCCUUAGACACCUGGAGCACGGGAAGAACAAGCUGCAGCGCGCGGAGAUCACACUGACCUGGCAGCAGGAUGGAGAGGACCACACCCAGGACAUGGAGCUUGUGGAGACCAGGCCUGCAGGGGAUGGAACCUUCCAGAAGUGAGCAGCUGUGGUGGUGCCUUCUGGAGAGGAGCAGAGAUACACGUGCCAUGUGCAGCACGAGGGGCUGCCAGAGCCCCUCACCCUGAGAUGGGAGCCGCCUUCCCAGCCCAGCGUCCCUAUGGUGGGCAUUGUUGCUGGCCUGGUCCUCCUUGGAGCUGUGCUCACUACAGCUGUGGUCGCUACUGUGAUGUGGAGGAAGAGCUCAGAAGGACAGAUGAUUGUGGCAAUGGAGACCUGAUCCCCAGCAAUCACAGGUCUACAGACACAGUUCUGGAAACUUGUCUGGGGUAGGAGGUUCUUUUUGAGGACCUCAUGGCCCUAUGUCUUCCUGGCCUCUCACAGGACAUUUUCUUCCCACAGAUGGAAAAGGAGGGAGCUACCCUCAGACUGCCUAUAAGUAUGGGGGAGCUCCCCCACCCCUUGACCCUCCUGUAGCCACAUCUGCUGUGGGCUCUGACCAGGGCCUGCUCUGUCCUACACCAGGCGGCGACAGUGCCCAGGGCUCGGACGAAUCUCUCACGCUUGUAAAGAUGAGAGCCGGGGGGGCCUGACAUGGAGUGGCAGGGGCAGCAGGGACACAGCUGGGCUGUGGGGAUUCUGUGAUUGGGUCAUUUUGAGUGUAUUAUGUGCUGUUCAGAGUGUCAUCACUUAUGGUAAGUGACCUGAGUUUGUUACUAUUUUUUUCUAUAGCAUGAGCCAGUUGCCUUGUGUGGGACUGAGUGAUGCAGGAUUUGUUCCCGCCUCCCUGUUGUGACAGGAAGAGCCUCUGACUUCUCUAUCUGCAAAGGCCUCUGAAUGACUCUGCGUCCCUGUUAGCAUAAUGCCAGGGGUGGGAAGGCCAGGCUCCCCCCCUCCCCCUGCAUUGACCUGUGUCCCUUCUCGAUCAUCUUUCCUGUUCCAGAGAGAUGGGGCUGGGACAUCUCCAUCCCUGUUUCAACUUUGUGGUGCAUCAAGCUACUUCCUUACUGAAAAUAAGAAUAUAAAUAUAAAUUUGUUUUCUCAAAUUCUUGCCAUGAAAAAUUGAUGGGUUAAAAUUCAUGACAGCUGGUCAAUCCAUUACAGUGAAUGUCUACUACAACCAUUUGGAUGAAAUUAUGAGGCUGCUUGUGAUUAAGCAGCCGAGAUCGGUCAUUAGAGACAGGCCAAUCUUUUUGCAAGACAAUGCUUGACCACAUGUCA